AGUAGCGCAGCCGCCGCCACUAGCCCGGCAUGGCCAUGGCGUCCUCGGCCAUCGGGCAGCGCCCCUACCCGCUGCUCUUGGACCCCGAACCGCCGCGCUAUCUGCAGAGCCUGAGCGGCCCCGAGCCUUCGCCGCCGCCCCCUGGCCGUUCCUCGCGCCGCUGCGCCCCGGCGCCCCUCUCCACUGCGCCCGUGGCGCACGAGGGGCGCGGCGGCCGCAGGGCUGCGCGGGGGGACCCAGAGCCCCAGUCCCGGGCCUCGCGCCCCGCUCGCCCUCUCCGGCCUGGCCUGCAGCAGAGGCUGCGGCGGCGGCCUGGAGCGCCCCGGCCCCGCGACGUGCGGAGCAUCUUCGAGCAGCCGCAGGAUCCCCGCGUCCCCGCGGAGCGAGGCGAGGGCCACCGCUUCGCGGAAUCGGCGCUGCGGGGCGGCCCCGGCUGGUGUGACCUGUGCGGACGCGAGGUGCUGCGGCAGGCGCUGCGUUGCGCUAACUGUGGGUUCACCUGCCACCCGGAGUGCCGCAGCCUGAUCCAGCUGGACUGCAGUGGGCAGCAGGGCCCACCCGGGGGCCGACCCUCCCCAGAGAGCACCCUCGUCCCGACCUCCAGCCUCGCCCCGACCUCCGGCCAGAAUGUCUGCAAGCCCUCGGUGGAGCCGCAGCGCCCACCCACGCUGCAGGAGAUCAAGCAGAAGAUUGACAGCUACAAUGCGCGGGAGAAGAACUGCCUGGGCAUGAAGCUGAGCGAAGACGGCACCUACACCGGCUUCAUCAAAGUGCACUUGAAACUGCGGCGGCCUGUGACGGUGCCUGCCGGGAUCCGGCCCCAGUCCAUCUACGACGCCAUCAAGGAGGUGAACCUGGCUGCCACCACGGACAAACGGACGUCCUUCUACCUGCCGCUCGAUGCCAUCAAACAGCUGCACAUCAGCAGCACCACCACGGUCAGCGAGGUCAUCCAGGGGCUGCUCAAGAAGUUCAUGGUCGUGGAUAAUCCCCAGAAGUUUGCCCUUUUUAAGCGGACCCACAAGGACGGACAAGUGCUCUUCCAGAAACUGUCCAUCGCCGACUGCCCCCUCCACCUGCGCCUCCUCGCUGGGCCCGACACCGACGUCCUCAGCUUCGUGCUCAAAGAGAAUGAAACUGGAGAGGUGGAGUGGGACGCCUUCUCCAUCCCUGAGCUCCAGAACUUCCUCACAAUCCUGGAGAAGGAGGAGCAGGACAAAAUCCAGCAGGUGCAGAGGAAGUACGGCAAGUUUAGACGACAGCUGGAGGCGGCCUUAAGGGAAUCCCAGGGCAAGCCUGGGUAACCGGCCCUGCCGCCCUUCCUGCCCAUGCCCUCGGAUUUAUUUUUAAUUAUUGUGCGACGGACACUUUUCUCAGGACCCCCCUGGCGGUGCGCGCCUGCCCAGCAGCCGCAGAUGUGGCACAGUUUCUUCCGUGGACAAGCGCCUGUGCGUGGGAGGGGCGGCCCGGCCCCUGCCCACCCCCUACUGCCAGGGGCCACUUCUGUGAAAUCAACAGCACUGUCCUCUCUCAAUCUGCAAGCCUCUCUCAUCACCAAACUGGAACCUGUCACCCCAGCCGGCAAAGGAAAAGGAAGAGGUGUUAAGAGCUAGGUUCUCUCUGGCUUUGAUUCUUCAGUUGCCCUUAUUCGUCCCCCUCGGCGCCUUUAUUUAUGAGCUGGAGCAUGUGCCUUCGGCAGGCAGGAGUGUGCUCAGGGCAUCGUCCCCCUGCCCCAGGCUGCCUGCACAGGGGAGGUCCGCAGAGUCCCAGGCCUGGGAGCGCCAAAGCUGACUGGCGCCGAGACGCUGCAGCCUGCCCUGGCCCCGUUGGCCCUCUUUGCAAACCCAAAGGCAUGUAUCUGUGGCCAUCGGGUAGUCCCAUUUUUGUCUAAACUUGCUUUUCAGUUUCAGUUUACAUUUAACGUCACUAGAAUUCUCAUGUGUUUCCACCCAAGGGAAACCAGCCAUUGACCACUGGAAGCCUCCCGCUGAGCACGGAAAUCGGGCAGCAAGCCUGAAUUGCAGAUGACCAUGUGCAAGCCGUCUUCAGCCUUACCCAACCUGUGAGAAGGCCUGGGCUGCCUCAGCUUCCCCCCCGGGCCUCCAGCACUGCCUCCCUCGUGCUGAGGACCUCUGGGAUCGCCAGGUGCAACAUGAGGGAAACCCGCAGCCCAGCCAACAUGCUGGCCCUUUGCUCUGAAGUGUGGGCUGGCACGUGGCACCGUGCUCAGCAAGCCCAGGGGCCUGGGCUCCCCACUGACCUCAGUGCCUUUGUUUCCAGAGAUAACAGGGGUGACUGCUCGAAGCCCUGAGGCUGGCUUGCUCCUGCCAGGGGAGCUGUUGCUCCUGAGGGGCUGGGGUCCCAUACCUCCAUCCCGUCUAGGUUCCAGGGCUCUCACGCCCGAGAAGUGCUGGCAGACAGUUACUGAGAGGAUCACAGUGCCAGCCCUGUACCUUUGUUCUGGCUCUGGUGUAUCGGUUCAGACUUAAUUGAGCCAACCAUCCCAGCAAGUGGCCUGGACUGCGAAGACACUCCAGUGUGGAGGGAAGAGGACUUGCAUGUUCAGAGCAGGGCAGGUUUUUCCAAUCCAGCCUCUGGGAAACUUUUUUGCUGUCUUCUGCUUCCCUGAGUCCCUGUUGGGUUGGCUGAAGGCCAGGCUCCUCCGUGCAGGCUCAGAAGUUCCCUCCCUGACCCCAGCUAAGCCCAUGCGGCCCCGGUCCCAGAAAGAAUGCUGACCCUUGGUGCUCACUCUGCCAUCUUCAGAGCCGUGAAAGCAACACAGGCUGGCCGCCCUAAAGAUUUUCUUAAACUGCAACAACUGGGGGAUCUGCCCGCCCACGCUCAGCCUUACCCCCCCCUCCCCGCCUCUGAAAGGGGGCAGGGAGGCCCCUCCCCUCCGCCCGCACGACUCAAGGUUCCUAGGAGGCAUGGCUCCUGCUGCCACGCUGUGAAUGCUGCUGAGACCUCCCUCCCUGGGGGCGGCUUUUAUUUUUUGAGAAGAAAGUCCUGUACAUAUAUACAUAAAGGCAUAUAACUAUAUAUAAAGAGAUAAGGAUGUUUAUGACGUAACAAGAUUAUGGGGAAAUGCAGAGUCUCUAAAGCACAGUCAGACCCAGGACUCGGGUGGGAGGCUGCGCCGAUGCCCUUCCCUCCCGAGGUGGGCGGGGGCAGCUGCUGCUAGUGCCUUCUCUGGUGGUGUUGCUGGGUUGGUUUUGAGGAUAUUUUCUUUUUAAAUGUCUUUCUUAUGAGAGUUGUAAAAAAAUAAAAGCCUGUUAUGAGAA